GUAGGUGUGGGUUGCGGUUAACUGCUGCCUGCCCACCCCUCCAAGCCCCCCGCCCCACCAAGGCAUCUGCUGCUCCGUUUUAUUGUAAUAUUCAUAAUUUCCACCCUCCCUUUGCAUAGGAGCGCAGCAGCAAGUCCAUAGGUAGCGGGAAGGGCUCCCCCCCUCCCUUUCCUCCUCCUCCUCCCCACCCCUUAAGGGGCGGCGAUCGCGGCGGAGAGGAAGAAAAGGAUGCCACGGAAGCUGUUGUUGCCUUAUAAAUCUGUUUUUUCCCACUUUCGAGCUCCGCGGGGGUUGCAUGACUCUCUGGCGAUGAACGCGGCCAGAAGUGGCUACCGGGUCUUCUCGGCCAACUCCACGGCAGCCUCCACCGAGCUGGCGAAGAAGAUCACGGAGCGUCUCGGUGCUGAGCUGGGGAAAUCUGUGGUGUACCAGGAAACCAAUGGAGAAACAAGAGUUGAAAUAAAAGAAUCUGUCCGGGGACAGGAUAUCUUCAUCAUACAGACGAUCCCCAGAGAUGUGAAUACUGCUGUCAUGGAGCUGCUGAUAAUGGCGUAUGCACUGAAGACUUCCUGUGCCAGGAACAUCAUCGGGGUCAUCCCUUACUUCCCCUACAGCAAACAGAGCAAAAUGAGGAAGAGGGGCUCUAUAGUCUGCAAGCUGCUGGCUUCCAUGCUGGCCAAGGCAGGUUUAACACACAUUAUCACUAUGGACCUUCAUCAAAAGGAAAUCCAAGGCUUCUUCAGCUUUCCAGUAGACAACCUGAGAGCAUCCCCUUUCUUGCUUCAGUAUAUACAGGAAGAAAUUCCAGAUUACAGAAACGCAGUUAUUGUAGCCAAAUCUCCUGGUGCAGCUAAAAGGGCUCAGUCUUACGCCGAGAGGCUGCGGCUGGGACUGGCAGUGAUCCAUGGGGAGGCUCAGUGCACGGAGCAGGACAUGGAUGACGGGCGUCACUCCCCUCCAAUGCUCAAAAAUGCAACUGUGCACCCUGGCCUGGAGCUGCCCUUGAUGAUGGCCAAGGAGAAACCGCCAAUAACUGUGGUUGGAGACGUUGGAGGAAGAAUUGCCAUCAUAGUGGAUGACAUCAUUGAUGACGUGGAAAGCUUUGUAGCUGCUGCAGAGAUCCUGAAAGAGCGUGGAGCCUACAAAAUUUUUGUGAUGGCAACUCAUGGGCUCCUGUCAGCAGAUGCCCCCCGUCUCAUAGAGGAAUCCUCCAUCGACGAGGUGGUGGUGACCAACACGGUUCCUCACGAGGUGCAGAAGCUGCAGUGCCCCAAGAUAAAGACUGUGGAUAUCAGUUUGAUCCUCUCGGAAGCCAUCCGGCGGAUCCACAACGGCGAGUCCAUGGCUUAUCUCUUCCGCAACAUCACUGUGGAUGACUAGACCUGGCUCUGCCCCCGUCCUGGGUUCCACGGGAGAAGGAAAUGUGCAUGAAAAGGCAAUACCAUAAAAUAUAGGCAUAACACAGCUGUUUAUUUUUGUAGGAGCGUGGAGGUUUUCAGGGUCUUUGAGCCAUGAGAUCUAAUAGAAAAAAAAGUCAACCUGACCAGCACUUUACAGUUGAAUAGAAGAGGCCACUGGCAAUGGGGAGGGUUACACCUUAAUUAAGAGAGGUGGUGUUGAAUUUUUAAGUUCCUUUAAUGAUUUUUUUUUUUUUUUUUUUUUUUUUUUAGUGUGUUAUAUCUCUUGCCCUGUAGGGGUGGAAAGAAAAGCUAAACAGAAGUAGCUGUCAGCUUAUGAGAAGGGAAUAGAGACUGUUCAUUGCUGUGUGGGCAAGCAAGAGCAGCCUUUGGGGUUGUUUCUGCCUGUGGCUCACCCAAGAGCACAGAAGGGAACGUUCUGCUGGCAGAGCUGAGCAGCACAGCAGCUCCUUGCCAAGUGAGUGGCCUCUCAUCUCCUGCACAGCAGAGCAAGGACUUUCAUCAGAACUAAGUUAGCGGAACAUCCCAAGAGGACAGCUUAGGGCAACCCGUUUGCAGGGCUACUCACAUCCUUGUGUCAGGGAGCUGGGAACAAGCUCACGUGUCUCCCAGCAGAGCAGGGAAUGCUAGUUAAUGUGUUGGCCUUUUCAUUUCGCAAGCUUUUGGAUCAUUAUUGUUCUUCAGUGACAAGUCACAUGAGGGUCUUGGUCCUCACUUGAACACUUGUCUGCACUGCAAAGCCAGGCACAAUUUUUGGAGUUGCCUGGGGCUGACGAGUUUGUGGCGGAGUCUCGUGGGGAAGGGAAGUUGGAACAAUAUCUGCUUCUAAUGCAGCUGUGCUCUCCAAAACACUAACACCGAACCUGCAAUAAAAAGUGUGAGGUUUUUCAAU